AGGACCUAAAACGGGUUUCCAUGGCGACACUCGACUUUGUUGUGUCUUCCCACUGCCUAGCAACGUGUGCGAGGGCAAACAUUUUACGUGAAGCUUCUCUUGCGUGUAGUGUCACCUAGCUGUUUUUCCAUCCAGUUGUGCCACUGCACGGAAGUAUGUACGCCUAGAUGGCGGAACUGCACAUCAUCGGUGAACUGCAGACGGCGUUGGACUUUGAGGAACCGAACCUGUUCUGCCGUUGGAGCAUCCAGUACGGAUCGCACUGGAAGGCGGUCGAGGGCCACACCGAGGGGCAGUCCUGCUGCAGUACGGCACGGAUCGAGCAGCGGUCCGAGUUCGGCACACCGAUCGAUCUGCAUCUGGUGACGCGCGGUCUCCAGGGUUGGCCCCGGCUGCACGUGGAGGUGUACGCGGUGAACGCACUGCAGCAGUACUGGCCGGUCGGGUACGGGUUCGCCUUUGUGCCGGCGAGUCCCGGGCAGCAUCGGGUGCGAAUCGCCACGUGGAAGGUGUCGUCGGCCCGGGUAGCCGACACGGUGCGGGAAAAGUUUCACACCGGUGGGUUCUCGCUCGCGAAGAGCGACAUCGCGUUUAGCGGGAUCGAGCGGUACAAGUUGCUGACGAAGACGGCCGGCACGGUGGAGCUGGAGUUGAUGCUGAUAUUUAAAAACUUUGCCGAAUAUGGCGUUGAGCUGCGUUGA